AUGCUCGAUGGAGUCAGUCUUGUUACUAUCAUUGAAUUAGAAUUGACUGAUGUAAAAGGCCCUUUGAAAAAUUAUGCUGUAAUUGGCAAGAAGAGGGGACUGGGACUGGAACUCCUCUUCAUGAUGCUUGGUGAUUCAAGCGGCGGCGUGAAGGGUAAUGAAAGUGGUGAAGUUGGGCUUGGAAGCGGUGGUUUUGAGGAGGAAGAUAAGUUGGGAACUGAAGAAGGUGAUAGGAGUGGUGGCGGCGGCGGAAACCGGUGGCCGAGGCAAGAAACGCUAGCCCUUUUGAAAAUUCGAUCUGAUAUGGACGUUGCUUUUCGGGACUCAAGUCUCAAGGGUCCAUUAUGGGAAGAAGUUUCAAGGAAAAUGGCGGAGCUUGGCCAUCAAAGAAACCCCAAGAAAUGCAAAGAGAAAUUUGAGAAUGUGUACAAGUACCACAAAAGAACUAAAGAAGGUCGAUCUUCAAAACCAGAUGGCAAAACUUAUAAGUUUUUUGAUCAAUUACAAGCUCUUGAACAUAAUCCUCCACCGCUAUUAGCUCCUCCACCUCAGGUGGCGGCAGUGCCACCGCCACUUGGUACUGCAAAUCCACCAAUUGCAGCCAAUGUUAGCCCUAUAAGCACUGUCCCACAAGGUACCAAUACCCCAACAAAUUUUUCAUUUCCACCUUUGCAGCCACCAGCAAUGAACACCACAAAUCCUCCUCAAACUCAAACUUUUCCGCCUUCUCGUCCGAAUAUAUCAGCUAGCCAUCUAUCGAUUUCAACCUCUUCUUCGACUUCGUCUGACGAGGAUAUUCAGAGGCGGCACAAGAGGAAGCGGAAAUGGAUGGACUAUUUCGAGAGACUAAUGAAGGAUGUAAUUGGGAAGCAAGAAGAAUUGCAGAAGAAAUUCUUAGAAACGCUCGAAAAACGCGAAAGAGAUCGAAUCUCUAGAGAGGAAGCUUGGAGAGUAGAAGAAAUGGCGAAAAUGAACAAGGAGCAUGAACUUUUAGUCCAAGAAAGAUCAAUUGCUGCAGCCAAAGAUUCAGCAGUUAUUGCAUUCUUGCAGAAAAUAUCUGGACAACAAAACUUGCAAAUUCCAACAGUACAAGUACCCCACAAUCCAUCUCCACCAGUGGCGCCACCACAACAACCACCAGCACCGCCACCAGUUCCAGUAACGACAGAAGCAACACCAGUAAGAAUCGACACUCCCAAAACCGAUUACGGUGGUGAAAACUUACCUCUUGCGAGCUCUUCCCGGUGGCCUAAAGCUGAAGUUCAAGCUCUGAUCAAGCUCCGAACUGAUCUUGAUCUUAAGUACCAAGAUAACGGGCCGAAGGGGCCACUAUGGGAGGAGAUAUCGGCAGCCAUGGCAAAACUUGGCUACAACCGGAACGCGAAGAGGUGCAAAGAGAAAUGGGAGAACAUCAACAAGUACUUCAAAAAAGUGAAAGAGAGCAACAAAAAAAGACCUGAAGAUUCAAAGACAUGCCCAUAUUUCGAGCAACUCGAUGCAAUAUACAAAGAGAAAGCCAAGAAUGAAUCUUCAUUGAUCAAUUCUGGGUUCACAUUACCAAAGCCUGAUAAUCCAAUGGUGCCAUUGAUGGCAGUUCCCGAGCAGCAAUGGCCACAACCACUGCGUGCGGAGCACCAGCAAGAAUCGGCAUUAAAUGAUGAACACGAAACCAUUGAUCAAAAUGAUCAUGAUAACGAUGAUGAUGAUGAUAAUGAUGGAGAUGGAGAUGAUAGGGAUGAUGAUGAUGAUGAUGAAGAUGAUGAAGGAGGUGGGUAUGAAAUUGUUACAAACAAGCAGCAAUCUUCAGUUACCAGCCCGGCAUUUGAGUGA